AUGCCCGGAUCAUUCCCUGAAUGUCCGCUUCCGGCUACAUCCGAACAAGAACUCCAUACGGCGUCACAUGCACUUGAUUUAGAACAAGAAACCAAUUUCGUCAUAGGAGAAUCUACAAAGUCCAAUGCAAGAUCCCAGACAGAAAUCAUCCAACAAUUGGGGUCCCUAUCUUAUAUAUUAGUAUACUAUCAACUGAUAAAGUACUGUCACUUGGCAUGCAUGACUCCUGUGAUGCUUCAUUUAGCAGUGCAGAACAUACUACGACCUAACUUUAUAAAGUAUGGGGUUGACGUAGUGGAGAGAGUACUACAAGAUCCCAGUAGUCAAGAGUUAACAGGGCCAAAUUUCAAUCGACAAGUUUUAUUUAAUAUGGUACGGAAAAGGAUAAUACAGGCAAUCUACUGGAAACUGAUAUUUACCAUAUUGUAUCAUGUGAUCUUUGUUGUAUAUUGGAUGAUACCAUUGAUACUGGAUGGCCAUGCAACUGAUUUGGAACAUGGAAGUUGGUGGUUCAUAAGUUUCAUUGGUGAAGCUAUUAGUAUGAAUGUGGAUAAGAAUGGCUCUAAUUGGAAUAUGGCUCUCCAGCUAGGGUUACCCUAUUUGAUCCUUACAGAUGUGUUGAUAUUUAUGAUCCAAUUAGUGUCAUACCAAUGUCUUUACGUUCAAUCUACCCUUGUACCUCUGGCAUUAAGAGUAGGUGUUGAAGGACCUAGUUUGGUCAAAAUGUCAACUGACAAUUCCCUACUGCCAAGGGACAAUCAAGUGAUUUUGGAAGAUAGACUUCCUUUAACAUUGACAGUCAAUCUCUAUGAGGCAUUUGAGAAAGACAAGUUGUUUUAG